AUAACGGUGUGUCGCCACGACACAUCCCUUUUAAUUACGACACUGAAAUAUCGCAUUGAAAUGUAAACGUAGAUAAUUGGCUUGAACGUGUGUGUGUUUGGAACUUGUUUCUUUAUUUGUGCAAUGGAUGUGCGCUGAGAAAAAAAUGUAAUAAUAUUCUUAUAUGUUUUUUUUAGAAAUCAUUAGUAAAAAAAAAAAAAAUAACCCAGAUCUGUGGAUUUCUUUUAAGUUCUUUGAUUACUGUAUAAUUCAAGGAAUUAUUGUAUACCGUACAUUGUAAAUAUGGCAGUCGAUGGUCGUCUGCCUAUCAAUAUCACAUUUCAAUCUGUGGAUACGGCAUACGUUCUGAUCAGUGACUUCAUGAGCGUCUUGAGCUGCAUAGGAUGCAUGGUUAUAAUCAUCUUGUAUGUGGCGUAUAAAAACCUCAGGACUACUAGCCGUCUGCUUCUAGUCUGUCUUAGCGUGGCAGACAUUUUCGUGUGUAUCUCAACUGUGCUGCAGACAGAAACGUACUAUGAGAGCAUAGCUCUUCCCCAGCAGAAGUCCUACAGAUGUCAGAUCUCGGCAAGUCUGUUGGUGUUCUCUCAAAUCUGCGCUGCACUCUGGACGGUGGCCGUGACCUUCUAUCUCUUUCUCUGUGUCACGUGUCGCUAUGUCACGGUGGCCAACAGAAUCGUUUUUCUCUUUCAUAUUUUCUGUUGGGGAAUGCCAAUAUUAGUUGCUACUUCAGCCGAGAUCUCAGGAGUGUACGGAUACAGUACGCAGGACCUCUACCUGUACCAUCAUCCCACAUCUUGCUGGAUAAGUGACAGGGUGGCUAACCCCACACAAUGGCACCUACUGACAGUCGAGGGUUGGGUCAUGGCAGCAUUUGUCAGUGUCUCCAUCAUGUACUUGUUCAUUACGGGGUCUGUCAUGAAACAGAAAGGCAGAGGAAGAGUUCUUGCUGGAGAUGAUGUUGUCCAAGAACUAGCCAUUCAAACAGCCAAUGAACACCUUCGAUUCAUUCCAGCCCUCUAUGUGGCCACCAGGCUCUGGGGGACGGCUUACUUUUUCUUUACUAGAUAUCAAGACAGUAGUCACCUCAGAGCUUCAGACUGGUUGAUGAUUUUCAAGGCUAUCGGUGACAACAGUCAAGGCCUGGUCAAUGCCAUAUACUUCUGCACAUCUUCUAGGCAAGUCAGGUUAGUGGUGGGCAAGAAGUUAAGCACACUUUGUUUCUGCUGCUCCGGCUGGUGCAAACAACAGAAGCUGAAUGCCCAAGACAAAUGGAAGGGGGUGAACUCUAUCGUACGAAUGAGGAAAGGGCCCAAGAGACCCAAGCAGUUGGACGGCAGUGAUUUGGAUUUGUCUGGGAUCUCUUUGGAUCUGCCAACAGAGAGUACAGGAGGGGAAGAUGAAGUGAUCUUUGAGAGGUGAAUAGAACAUCCUAAGACCUACUAUUGAGCAACAAAACAGAAUGCACCUAGGACUCAUCAUUAAACAGCAUGUAUCUAGGACUUACCUCUAUGACAAUAAAUAAUUAAUUAUAUAUACAUAUAAGCAUGGCCUUAUGGUCUUGGUUCAUAAUAAACAUUUUGUUUAAUUCAGUUACCAACUCAAAUGAAAACAUUUUUUGUGACUGUGUGAUGAUCUGGAUAUGAGAUAUUACAUUAAAGCUUAAAGUUUGUUCAUUUA